AUGAGACCCAUCUUUCAAGCAUGUUCUGUGAUCUUCACACUGGGCAACCUGAUGGCUUCUCAGUCGCAAUCAGGUGGUCAGAAAGAUGCCAUCAACACCAAAAUAAUCAAUUUCAAUAACGAGAAAAUGCAGAUCACGUGGGCAGUAGGAGAACUAUUCCCUGGCGAAAACGUGUCAUUUUCUUAUACAUUUGAAGAAGGCAAGCAGAAAGUUUGGAAGCCAUGUCCCACUUAUUUAUUGGAUCAAGGUUAUAAUUCUGGAUGUCUUUUUAAGACAGAAGGACACACCCUUGCCUUCUCUAUCAUGAACAGCAAUGGAAGUGAAGAGCGUUUUUCUAAAAUACUAAAAUCUGAUUUCUACAUAAAGCCCAGUCCACCAGAAAAUGUGACCUUCUUCUGGAAGGAUGACACUGUUACCAUAACCUGUAAUAAACCAGAGAGAGGUGUGAAGUGCUUGAGACUUGAGCUUCAGUACAAAAGCAAAUUUGACAAUGGGUGGCAAUCCAGAACUUCUAAGUGUUGCAGAGUUGGAGAGCAAGGCUUUGAUCCAAGGAAAUGCUAUUCUUUCCGUGUCAGACUGAAGAGGCUAGUACCCUACUGCAACGUAGUUAAUUACAGCAGUGACUGGGAAGCAGAAACAUUUUGGAUGAAUGGCACAUUAUUAGAUUCAUGUGAUGAUGAUAUAAAAUCUCAGUCAAACACAGUAAUUCUUUUAAGUUGUUUGCUGGCAGUACUUCUAACGAUAUUUAUCCUCUUGAUUCUUCUGUGUAAAUGGCAGAGACUUCAGAAGUCUGUCAUGCCUACCAUACCAGAUCCAAAAUACAUAUUUGCUGAUCUCUUCAAUGAUCAUAAUGGAAACUUCCAGGAGUGGAUAGACAAAACUGAUCAUGCAAUGGUACAAACCAAGCUAGAAUAUGAAGAGCCAGAGUGCAUCAUUGAGGAGGAAAGCCAGCAAAAGGACAUGAAGAACAGCGAUAAGCAGGAAUCUAGGGAAAAAAUCUUCAGCUCUUCAGGAGCAGCUGGAAAUUACAGUCCCAAAGCAGGUCAGAAUGCCUGCCUGAUGCCAACAUCCAAUAAUACAGUUUCCUUUUCUGGCUUCCAGAAUUUAAUGAGUGAUGACACAUAUGUAAUGUUAUAA